UUAUUUGUCGACCCUUUUUAUUAGCAAUAAAACAAUGUCUGGUGGACUGCUGAACAGUAGCAGGAAGAUAUCUGCUCUGCUGCUGGACAUCACUGGAGUGCUGUAUAACAGUGGUGAGGGAGGAGGACAUGUCAUUCCUGGGUCACCCCAGGCUGUAGCAAGACUGAAAGAGGCUGGUUACAAGCUCAAGUUCUGCACUAACGAGACUCAGAUCACCCGGAGAGCCCUGGUUGAGAAGCUGACACGGCAUGGCUUCACCCUCACUGAAGAGGAGGUCUAUUCUCCAGCCCCAGCUUGUGUGCAGUACCUCUUAGAGAACAAUCUCAGGCCAUUCCUACUUAUUCACCCAGACGCACGACAGGAUUACGUAACUGUGGACACCACCAAUCCGAAUGCAGUAGUCCUUGGAGAUGCCGCACAUGAGUUCACUUAUGACAACAUGAACAUUGCAUUCAAGAUCCUCAUUUCUCAAGGAAGUCCAGGACACCUCAUCUCUUUGGGGAGAGGGCGCUACUAUAGAGAGGGUUCUGAAUUGACUUUGGAUGUCGGACCUUUCACAAAAGCAUUAGAGUUUGCCUCUGGGACCGAGGCCACUGUAAUAGGAAAGCCAGCCCCCUCUUUCUUCAAGAGUGCCCUCUCUGAUCUUAGAGUGCCUCCCGAGGAGGCUGUGAUGAUUGGGGACGAUGUGCUGAAUGAUGUGGGUGGAGCACAGGGGUGUGGGAUGGCAGGAGUGCUCGUCAAAACCGGCAAAUACAGGCCAGAGGAUGAGAGACACCCUACGGUGAAGCCAGACAGAGUCGUGGACAACCUUGCUCAUGCUGUGGACCUCUUGUUGAACGUUUCAUAGCACUGCAUACUAUUAUAAGUGUUGCUUUUGUUUGUACUCGUACUGUAACA